GUACUGCUACGGAAGAUGAGAAAGUCAAUCUUUCUCACUUUACGCUGAUACGUGUUCUAGGCACAGGUGCUUACGGGAAAGUGUUUCUAGUACGUAAAAAUGGUGGGGAUGACGAUGAGAAAUUGUACGCCAUGAAGGUCUUGAAGAAAGACAGAGUUGCUCAAAGGAAAAAAACAGCAGAGCAUACGACAACCGAACGUCACGUGCUCGAAGCUAUACAACAAAGUCCGUUCCUCGUAAGCUUACAUUAUGCUUUUCAAACGGAAUCGAAACUCUAUUUAGUUUUAGAUUACGUUAGUGGUGGUGACUUAUUUACACAUCUUCAUAAAGCGGGACAUUUCUCGGAAGCAACUGUUAAAAUUUAUAUAGCCGAAGUGGUUUUGGCUCUGGAGCACCUGCACAAGCUGGACAUAAUCUAUCGAGACGUAAAGUUAGAAAACAUUUUGCUGGAUGAUCAGGGGCACAUUGUGUUAGCAGAUUUUGGAUUAUCGAAGAUAUUUUCGUCAGAGUCUGAUCAUAGGGCGCACAGUUUUUGCGGUACUCUGGAAUAUUUGGCUCCGGAAAUAUUACGACCUGGCCCUGGUAGCCACGAUCUUGCUGUGGAUUGGUGGUCAGUUGGAGUGCUUACUUACGAAUUAUUAACUGGGGCUUCGCCGUUUACUGUAGUUGGACAACAGAAUUCUGAAAGUGAUAUAUUACGACGAAUUCAAAAUGUGGAUCCUGUACUUCCACCUACAUUGGGUGAAACCGUAAAAGAUUUUUUACUCAAGAUGUUACACAAGGAUCCCAAGAAGCGAUUGGGUGGUAAUAAAAAAAGUGCCGAGGAUAUCAAAAAUCAUCCAUUCUUUCGUGGCAUUAAUUGGAAUGAAUUGAAAAGCAAAAGGCGAAAGGCACCUUUUAAGCCAACAUUAAAUGGGGAUGAGGAUACACAGAAUUUCAGCGAAGAAUUUACAAAGCAGCCUGUUAUUGAUUCGCCGGCUCCAGUUCCUGUCAACACACAUCGUUUAUUUAGAAGUUAUUCAUAUGUAGCGCCUCAACAUUUACGCAGAAGAUUAUCUACCAAAAACGUUGCCGCAUUUCAGGUUGAAUAUCUUAAUGAACCGGUUACGGAUCCUCCUUCAGUACCAGAAACGCUUCUUCUUAAAAGACUAAUUAACGCUGGAUCAUUUGGAAAGUGCUACACAACUAUUUAUAAUAAUCAGACCUAUGUUGUCAAAGUCAUCCCGGAAGCAAAAUAUCGGCCCUCUGAAGUAGACGCCUUAAUUUCAUGCGGCCAAGACGGCCACAAGUCAAUCGCUCAAUAUGUGGCUACAUAUCGCAAAGGUUCUGAUAUUUGGAUUGUACAAGAAUAUGUUCCAGGCUACGAAGUAGCAGAGCGAAUUGCAAAUCACGAGUACAGUUUUGAUGAAUUAAAGUGCUGUAAUAUAUUUAAGCAAUUAAUCGAUGCUGUGAAGCAUAUACACGAAAAGCGUUAUAUACAUGGGGACCUGAAAAUGGAGAAUAUUAUUUUUGCUGACGACGGCAUGGAUCAAAUAAAACUUGUUGAUUUUGGUGCUGCUAGUUAUAAUAGUAAAAGGAAUAAAUGGAACGACGUGCCUCGCUAUACAAUUGAUUAUGCACCGCCCGAAGCUUUGCAGCAUCCUGAAUAUGCAACUUAUUCGGCAUCGUUUGACAUUUGGUGCUUAGGAGCCACGUUGUAUUCAAUUUUUAUGGGGCACACGCCGUUCCGUCAUGGACGUGCCGAUCGGCAUGUGAACAUGAUGACGCUAAAACAGCGUAUUCUUGAUGAUGAAAUUUUCACCCACGCUCAUCGGUGGGAACAGGCUAGUUUGGAAUUAAGAAAUCUUAUCUUAAGGUGCCUACAGAAGGAUAUCGCAAAGAGGCCGACCCUGAAGCAAAUUUUACAACACCCAUGGUUGCAAAGUAAAACAAAACUGGCGACAUCCAAUCCUUUGUUACGCAGCAAGCAUAAGUCUAGCGGGCAAUUGGCAGUUAAUACUAAACCCCUUAGCGUCAACCAAUCUCGCCGUGUUGAAACUACCCAGUGCAGAUAUAAUGAUCCAGAAUAUACCGCCCUUGAAGAUUUUUGCGGAUUUGAUGAAAAUAUAGCUCCUCUUAUAAUUCCGCCGAUCGAUUCAACCAAAGAUAUGAAGCUGAAGAAUUUUAAGCCCAUGGCAGCAAAAAAAAUGGUUGAGAACAACUCUAAAGUUCCUGCUCCUUUGAAACCAAGCAGUAGGAUCACUCAAAUUGUGCUAGAUAAGCCAAUCAAUCAAGCCAAAACAAUGCACAAAGAAUCUUCGAUUGGUAAAAAAGAUGAACAAAAGAAAACAAAUUCUAGUGCAAUUGAUGACGGAAUAUUCAAGAUGCCGACAAUGAUUAGGGGCAGAAAUUUGUCGCGAAAGCCUUUUAAAAAUGAUGUGAAAAGGAGCAUUAGCAAUGUGAUCGGGAAGCGCAUACCCGCGGAUAUUAGCGAUGACUUUCUUGGUUUUCAAGAGUCAAAAAGCCGACGUCAAAAAGCAAAC